AGCUGCACUCUGCAAGCUCUUCUUGCGGGGAGACGACACCUCCUCCACUGAUAGUCCGGCUGAUUAUCUACGGGACCCCCAUUUCUCCGGCGACAACAUGCUGGCGGGAGGGAUAUAAAAUCUGGCCAGGAUCCGGGUCAGAUGCCUCGAUCAUCACCAGCAUCUCUUUCUUUCUCUGCAGGAUAUCUCUUCCGUCCUAGUCAAUCAACAUGUGGCCCCGUUCCUCUCCGUCCCUUGUGGCGGCUACCACCCUCCUAGCCUCCAUGCCCUCAGUCCUGGCGACCUCGGCCUCCUGCAAUUCCACCGCCCUCAACACCACCUUGGGCCUGUAUCCGAUCACGGUGGAAAACACCACGGUGUUCGAUGUCGCCAAGGCCACUAACCGGGGGGUCUGCGACAUCGGCCGUUACAACCUGAUGGCCGAUGUGACGAUCAUUCCCAACGUGGGCCAAACCUUGGUCAUCCCGCCUGAGGUCUGCGAUCCCGAUAAUGAGACCUGUCUGCUGCCCAACGUCACCCGCACCCAGACCUGCAUCAACGGGGGGCCUCGUCUCUACUACACGGUGAACGGAGACACGCUGGACAUUGUCGCCCGGCGACUGAACAUCACGACCGCGUCCCUCAUGAGUGACGACACCGCCUACACGGCCGACGAGGUGCUCGCGCCGGGCCAAUUCCUCAAGGUGCCGUUGUGCUCCCCGAGCGAGUGCACGAUCAAGCCGUUUACGUUAGAAUUUGGCGUGUACAAGGACAUUGCGGAUGAGUACGAUACCACGGUGGGACAGAUCAUGAUGCUCAGUCCGACCUACAACUAUAGUACGGCGCUCUUGGAGGGCAAGGGGCGCCCGUCGCUGGACCUUCCAUUCAACUGUGCUGCGACGUCGACGAACAUUACGGUGCUGUCGUGAGGGAUUUAGCUGAGCUGGAUGUGCUUGGAAAUGCUUCGGGUUACUUGUGUAUCAAAACUACAUCUACAAUGAGACACUAGAGAUGACUGCAUUAGGUACUAUCAAUUGACAAUCUUUUCACAUCCCUCUA